AUGUCGUCCACUGCGGGACAGGCGGUUCGUAACCUCAAGGCAACUGAUUAUACCCCGAACUCUUCCUCGUCCCCGUCUUCCUUUCAGGCUACUACCCAUUCCACGGAAGGGGGCCUCCAAAGGCGUUUCGGAGGAAACGGGAGCUUUGGUGCAGGCUCAACAACCAGGAAUAUAGCAUCAGCAAGGAAUAAUCAAUCCCGAAAGGGCCAGCACAAAAAACACCAUCGUCCUGCGUUGGUGAACGAGGAUGCAUAUUCGGAAUCUGCCAUCAUGAGGUCCACAACGAGCCGGAAAGGUCAGACUUCCAUCACCCAUCUCAUGAACUUCUCCUUGCCUCCCCGUCCGCAGUAUAACCCGAGCUCGCAUCGUCCGCGACGACAUCAGACAUGGGGAUUUGGAUCAGGACAUCAGCCUGGUGAUAAAGCUCGAUACGUACAUGCCAACUAUCGUUUUAUAGUGAAUCCUCAACGAAGUUACCACGCGCAGGCGGCGAAUGCCGAUGUGCAUUUGGACUGGGACUCGGUACUUCAGGUACUCGCGUCUGAACAAACUCAAGCUGCCAGCUGUCCAAUCUGUCUUUCAAUGCCAGUCGCUCCUCGAAUGGCAAAAUGUGGCCAUAUCUUCUGUUUCCCGUGCCUCAUCCGUUACAUGCAUUCAACUGAUGAUGACACGCCAAUGCCGGAAAAGAAGGCACGCUGGCAGAAAUGUCCUAUUUGCUGGGACACAAUCUAUAUUUCAGACACUCGUCCAGUUCGCUGGUUUGUCGAACAGGAAACGAAUCUUCCAUUAGAAGGCGGUGACGUCGUUUUGCGUUUGGUAAAGAGGAAUCCUGGAAGCACCUUGGCCUUGCCUCGCGAUGGGGCCGAAGACCUUGAUCCACAUGAUGAUAUUCCCUGGUAUCAUGCGGCAGAAGUUGCGGACUACGCACGAAUAAUGAAAGGAGGAGAAGGCUAUAUGAUGGCUCAGUAUGAUUCCGAAAUUCAGGAAUUGAACCGACAAAGACAAGAAGAUGAGAUCCUGUUUGGUGAUGAUACAACCUGGAUUCAGAAAGCAAUCAACAACAUCAACGAUGCCCGAGAAAAGAUUCGAGGCUUAGGCGAUCCUCCACAUAUCCUUCGCGUCGAAAAGAGACGACAGGCUUCAAUACAUAUUGAUCAAGAUUCGGAACACACACCCACCCAAACUACCGGCUCAACGCACGAAUUGAACCUCGAUAAUUCCAAUGGAGUAGAUCGUGACCCUUCCAUGUCUAACAAUGUUAUGGAAGUAAUUGCCGGUGUGGAUGCACUCAAUCUAGGUGAUCACGGCAACCUUGAAGAAUCACAAAGAAAGAACAAGAGUUCUUUGCCUCGUAUCAAGCAAUCUACACCUCGAGAAAAUUCUGGAGCUACCCCCGAACAACCAUAUUAUUUCUACCAAUGCUUGCCUCACUUUUACCUUUCGGCGCUUGACAUACGUAUCCUCAAAGCGGCUUUCGGAGAAUAUUCAUCGUUUCCAGCAACCAUUCUCCCUCGAGUGGAGCAUAUAUCCACGGGUCAUGUUGUGGAUGAUGAGUUGCGGAAGCGAGCGAAGUACCUUGGCCACCUACCGUAUGGCUGCGAGGUUAAUUUCCUAGAAUGUGACUGGACCGAUAUUGUUGUGCCUGAGGUUUUGGAGCAAUUUCGAACCGAAAUUAGCAAACGACGACAAAGAAACCGUGAUAAAGAAGCACGGGAAGAAAAGGAUAGGUUACGAGCAGAGAAAGAGGAGGAUGAAAAGCGCUGGACUGCCGCUCGUCGCAAGCGACCCAGCUUUGGAAUUAGCGACCAACGUCCUUUCUCCGAUCAAGACUUCCUACCCUUGGGCGGCUCAAUGCCAGGCGCUCUUGACUCGGCAAUUAUCGACAGCGAAUUCGCAGAAAACUCUCCGCAUGCUACUAGUCAAAUGCAAUCUCGCUUUGAAGCCCUUGCGUCGCCGUCGUCGAGCCCUCCAGUUGCUCGCACUGUGUGGGGUACGGCGGCCAUUCAGUCUGCUUCGAAUCCGUUGGAACGCAGACCAGUGAACGAUGGCUGGCUUCAGGGUUGGGAAGAGGACCUUAUGGAGCAGCGAGAGGCCGAAUUUAUUGCACAGACAGCAACAGAGGCGCCUGCACCCGCUGCUGUUGGCGGUGGUCGGAAGAAGAAGAAUAAGAAAAUCACUCUAAUGUCUACAAAUAUUCAAAGAGGUGCUUAG